UCUCUCUCUCUCUCUCUCUCUCUAUCACACACAAACACACAGAAGAUGUCAGGUUACCCCAACAAUUCCGGCUACGGUUACGGACCCUCGCCUUCCCAACCCUACUCAGCCCCCUACGGCGCUCCACCACCGGCCCAACCUUACGGCGCUCCACCACCGGCCCAACCUUACGGCGCGCCACCACCGGCCCAACCUUACGGCGCGCCACCACCGGCCCAACCUUACGGCGCGCCACCACCGGCCCAACCUUACGGCGCAGCACCACAAUCAGCUCCAUACGGUGGAGAUUACAAACCCCCAAAAGACAACAAGCUAUCCGCUCCAUACGGUGCUCCGCCACCAUCUUCCUCUGCUUCUGGAUAUCCUCCUCAAUCUGCGCCGUACGGCAGUCCAUUUGCUUCUCUUGUGCCGUCGUCUUUCCCACCGGGAACGGACCCAAAUGUGAUAUCCUGUUUUCAGAUGGCCGAUCAAGAUGGGAGUGGUUUCAUAGAUGAUAAGGAGUUGCAGAGGGCUUUAUCUUCUUACAAUCAGAGUUUUAGCAUCAGGACUGUUCAUCUUCUCAUGUAUCUCUUCACCAAUACCAACACCAGAAAGAUCGGGCCAAAGGAGUUCACCUCAGUGUUUUACAGUCUUCAGAACUGGAGGGGUAUAUUCGAGAGAUUUGACAGGGACAGGAGUGGCAAAAUUGAUAUGUCGGAAUUGAGAGAUGCACUCCUAAGCCUGGGGUUUGCAGUUUCACCUGCAGUUUUGGAGUUGCUGGUCUCUAAGUUUGAUAAAAGUGGUGGAAAGAACAAGGCGAUUGAAUAUGACAAUUUCAUCGAGUAUGUGUAGAAUACUAUUCAAUUCAACCUUUUCAAGCAGGAUAACCAUAUACAGAAAGCAAAAAGAACAUUCCAUACAAAAUUCUCUAAAAAUAUUGAUGUGGCCUGCUAGAUUCUGUUCAUUUCAAAAGAAAAGGCUACAUAUGUCAUAGAAAUAUCAGAGUCAUAUUAUUAUGCAUAGGACUUUGUUAAAAGUUUUGUUUGUAAAAGUAUUUUCAUUUUAAGGGAUAUAUUGAAAUGCCUUUUUAAGUUUCAGGGAUCUAAAUUUUGUUUUGGUGCUUAAUUUCGGUCAACUUGGUAGAAAUGAGAUGGAAGCAAAGGAGAAAAUUUGAAACCUUUGGGCAAAUCAUCGAUCUAACAAAGCGAAAUAUAGCGAAACUCAUUGAAACAGACCAAACAAAUAGAAUUCGGUACUGAACUAUUGUUUCAUUUUUGUUUCCAUAGAAUUUUGAUUUCAAAACAAAAUUUAGUUCCUCAUUUAGAUUAAAAUUGUGUAUAUAUGUUCAAUGUUAAUCAAUUUCUAAUAUUAUACCUCUUUUUGACUAUGUAAUUUCAGGUGCUGCCUUACUGUUAAGGUACUUUUUUCAAACUCAUUUUCCUGGUUGAACAUCUUUUGGACACUCUUCUUGCUGUUCAAGUACAUGAUGCUCCAUUCUGAGGAUUUUGAUAAUGGUAUGUAUGUCUGACUGGGAUGUGGGUGUUGCAGGGACUGACUGAGAAAUUCAAG